CUCCCAAGUGGGAAGAAAGUAUUUGAGCACGAUAAACCAUACCGAUUACCUGUUUGCGGAAUUAUCUCACAGAACCCACGUUUUAGAUGUAGUUUCCUGUUCAUUUUCCUUUUCUACUACUUUAUAGUUCCUUGCGAUUUUGCAGUUCAAUAUAGGUCUCAAUGGGUACCUGUUGAUCUUGAGUUACAUUUUGAGAACUUGUUGUAGGGGUUUACUAAUUAGAUUUUCAGUUUCCGACUUUCAGGAGACUAUGAGUUAGUGUCUGGGCUUCGAGCAAACUUCUUAGUUUUCCUUUAUUGAAGGGUACACAGGACAUGGCUCUUGUUAAUAUCUCUCCAUUUCAGUUGAGGACUUCAGGUCUUCUUCAAUCUCGUCCGGAUCCUUUUAAUUGCCUUCCAAUCAGCAGGAGAAAUUCCUUUCCAAAGCCAUUGAUGAUAGAAGCAAGAGCAAACACUCAAAAGGAAAGUGCAAAAGUCCGAAACAGAAGACUACAAACAAAGUUCAAUGGCUCAUCUGUUAGACCAAGACUCUCAGUUUUCUGUUCAGCCAAGCAGUUGUAUGCUAUGUUGGUCGAUGACCAGAACAAGAAGUGCUUGUUUUAUGCAAGCACGUUACAGAAAUCUAUUCGAGAUAAUCCUUCUUGCAGCACCGUCGAAGCAGCCCAAAGAGUUGGUGAAGAACUAGUUAAGGCAUGUGUUAAUCUUAAUAUUAAUGAAAUAUCAUCUUACGACCGCAACGGUUUUGCUCGAGGGGAAAGGAUGAUAGCCUUUGAAAUUGCAAUUUCCUGUCAUGGAUUUUUGCCACGAUAGCCUCCUUUGCAUUCUGGUGCAGCAGUCGUUCAAAACUGAAACUGCAUUUGCACGAUAGGACUCUUUUGCUCCUGGAGAACUGGUUCAAAAAGAAUUUCCUCUUGAUGAGCACUCAAAUGAAUGUUAGCUCAGCACUGAGUUGCUUUUAGUUCUUGUUAUGAGAACUUUUGCAUACUACCAAACAUUAGUCGUGAGCUGCCGAACCUGAUAUAGCUGGUUUGACUUUGUUGACCUUUGAAUGCUUUCAUGCAAGAGACUUUUCACUGUUUGGUAGUCAUUUGGUUAGAUGUUCUUCGUCCAAUAUCUGCAGCAUAUGGAGUGGGAUUAGGGUG